CUCUUGACAAAUACAAAUUGAUUUUUUAAUGCCGAUACUAAAGUUGCCAUGGCGCAUGCUUUUAGCGGUACGGUUAAUUUAAUUAGUGCUAGUGAAUGUUUAGUGUUACAGUGAUUUUGUGAUGUGUUUUAAAUAUUGUGUCGCUUUUGGAUUACUAUGGAUUAGUUUUCUGAGACAUGGCAGCCCGUGACUACAAGCGCCGGAGAGACCCGCCCUCCGUCCGCGCAUAGGCGGAGCCAUGGACUGCUAUGUGCCCAACAACCCGCAGUUCGGGGAGUGCUGCGAGCCCUCCCUGUGCUGCGAUCCUCUGCAGCCGUGCACCUGCGACCAGCUGAGGGAGUUCCCUGAUCAGUGCUGUCAGCAGGAGCAAGAAAACUGCUGUCCCGAAAAUGGUGAAGAGCUAAACGCGCUCAGCGACUCCAUAGCUCCCUGCGAUGUCAACCUUGGCGAUGUGAACGAGCCGGGCUGGCCCGCGGAGGACAUGGGCUCCUUCUCCCUUCCCUCGUUGGAGUUGGACCCGCUGCCUUCGCUGUUCCCAUUCUCGCCAUGCCCGGGGUAUAACAGGAACAACACCGGUGAAUGCCGGGAACGCGGCGGGGAGGCAGCCGACGUCCUCCUCUCGUUGAAGCACGCGGUCGUCCACGGCGACUGCUCGGAGGGCGUUCACCCACAGAUGAUGGUGAACAGCGGCAGCGGGUAUCCGUACUACGAGCACUAUGGAGGUGCCCCCAUUUUCCCCACCAUGAGCGUCAAUGUCUCCAUGAACAUGACCAUGCACGGCUGCCAACCAGAUCAGUUGUGUUCACAGGUACAAUGGAACCAGAACACAGCCGCGCCCUCCGUGAAUGUCGUGUACCCGCCAGCUCAAAACGUGAUCCCCACAUCCUACCCAUCAGCCACCUACUCCUUCACCGCUGACUUCCGACCUCCCAACCAAUCAGACCCGUUAAUAACAGCCACAUCUACCUUCAAACCUAUACAAAUACAAAAUGCGCAGAAAAGUAAUCCCAACUACGCAAUAUUCCAGCAGAAGCCAAGUUUUUCAGCACAGAAAUCUUUAGGUACUGUUUUAAAGAGGUCCCCCGGGAAGAUGUAUUCGCAAGAAGGUCAGAAGGACAUGCAGAACGGGUAUCUAUUAAACCACCAGGGGCAGAUGCAUCAGCAGGAGUAUGGGUAUACCUCGUGUUUGAAUGGGUCGGGGAAAGUUCAGGUCGGUGCGCUCAGCGGUUCUGACGAAGACGAACAAAAGCCCAACCUCUGCAGGAUCUGCGGUAAAACCUACGCCCGACCUAGCACCCUGAAGACACACCUCCGUACACAUUCUGGUGAACGGCCGUAUAGAUGUGCUGAUUGUAACAAGAGCUUCUCACAAGCUGCUAACCUUACAGCCCAUGUACGGACGCAUACUGGCCAGAAACCUUUUCGGUGUCCUAUUUGCGAUCGAAGGUUUAGCCAAAGCUCCAGUGUCACUACUCACAUGAGGACGCAUUCCGGUGAACGACCUUAUCAGUGCAGAUCAUGUAAGAAAGCGUUCUCAGAUAGCUCGACGCUGACGAAGCAUCUUCGAAUCCACUCAGGGGAAAAACCUUACCAGUGCAAAUUAUGUUUACUCAGAUUCUCCCAAUCCGGCAAUUUAAACAGGCAUAUGCGAGUGCAUGGCAACAUGUCUGGCGGCAUGCUCGGCUGACACAUGCAUUGCUGCACAAUGCAUGCAUGCAGGCUAAAUAUUUAGGAAUUCCUCUUAAAAUUGUGCCAAAUUCAGUGUAAUAUCGGCGAUAUGUGCAAAAGUAUGGCUUUGAAGAAGCGAGUUCAUUUCUAAAUGACUUUUAAAGUGACGUGUCAUAGACUAUAAAAGCUAUCAUUGCUAUCAUUCAUCGGUGUACGGUGGGUGUACGCCUUGUGUACGCUAUUUUUGUGGAAAAAGACGUU